AUUUCGACACGGUUGACGGUCCCGGUUUCCGAUUUCCUUAUCUAGGAUGGGGGCCAGGAGAAGUGCAAGCUUUUCGUUCUGAUCAGACAGUUAACGAUAAUUUUAUGCAGGUAACUUUCAGAGAGUUGUGCCAUUGUGAAGGAAGUUAAGUUGGAAGCAUGGCCUUCCAAGGGAAUAAUCGUCCUCAUAUGUUAUCUGUCAAAGAAUCAUUUAGUGAUCAAUAUUUCUUGCUUAACUUCAUAAUGGGCUCUUAUUUGGGUCCAGAUGUCUACUCUGAUAACCCAAGACGUUCGGCAUUUCAAAGAUUAGCUGAAGGUUUGCCACCAUACACUUCAAAGAAUUUGGGCGUCUCAUUUGUCAGCAUUUCUCAGUUGGAAAGCUUGUAUUACUAUGUUCUUAGGAAUGCUCAUCGUAGUCUGGUCUUGAAACCUGAUGUGUUGCAUAUGUAUCUAAAAGGCAACAUGCCUUUGCCAAGCUCUGAGCUUCCAGAGGACUGUUGGCAGUUCACUAGUUUAUUUCCCACAAAUAUUCAUGCACACAAAAGGUACUCUGAGAACUAUGAGAUUGUUAAGGGGAUUGCUCUCAUUGAUCAUCCUGUUACGUCCUACAUGAAAAAGGAGAACCUGGAGAGGUUCAAACACUUAUCUAGCAUGAAUGACUUGAAAAUUGAUAAAAUCAAAUCCUUAUCUUAUGAGCAUGGAUACCAAAAGAGCCAAGAAAAGGGAGGGGCAAACUGUGUGAAAGAUAGUGGGAAGAUGGCUGCUGGUAGUAUUUCCAAUGGAAACAAUAAUUCAGCAGAAAAGUUUCAAGAAACAUGUAAGGGGAGGCACCGUUGUAAUACUCUUCAUAUUCCGGCAUUCCCCCAUGUUGUUUCUGCAUCAAAACAACUUAGAGAAGGAGCCAACCACAGAACUUGCAAAGGUGAUGGACCUGUCAUGAUGCCACUAUUAAGUGUGCCAGAUGUGGAAGAAUGUACAUCAGAUGCAUCUAUUACACUGACCGGGACUGCAACAAUGGGGAUAGCUGGACCACCAGUUGGUGUUGUGGACAUAGGCGUUAGUCAAAGGGCUUAUUUUUUCCAAGUUGCUCUACCUGGAGUCCAGAGGGAUUAUUCAGGUGAGUUCAGUUGUGAGAUUGAAUCCAACGGAAGGGUUCACAUUCAAGGAUCAACAUCAGGUGGAAAAGCUAUUAAGAAACGUUCUCGUGUUUUCCAUAUCAAACUCCAGCAGCUAUGCCCAUCCGGACAGUUCACACUUUCCUUCAGUCUUCCUGGACCGGUCGAUCCGCGGCUGUUCAAACCUAACUUUAGACCUGAUGGCAUUUUUGAAGGAGUUAUCAUCAAACACAGUUAAAACAUGGCGUCUUGCUACAUCGGCGCAGCUCAAGAAUCCAGUAAUCUGUAGAGUGCAUGAUCUGAUAGCACUUUUGAAGUAGUAAUCCUUGACUGCAUGAGCAGUUCAUACUUGUAUCUAGCAUUUUCCAUAUAGGAUUUGGCUUGGCUCCUUAAAAUUCACGUGCUAUGCAUAAUUUUGAGAACAGGAAGAGAAAUAGAAUUUGGUCAGUCAUAUAUCUGUAUAUUGCAGCAUACCCAGAUGAUAUCUGGCGCUUUCCCCUUCUCAAAGAUUAUACCAUAUA